AUGACCAUUGCCCAAUUCCUAGCCAUAAAUAAUCUCAGAAAUCCCCAAAGAUUGAAAACACAUGCACCCAAACAAAAUUUAAAAUCCACUGCCCCCGCCUCUCCAGAACAUUCUCCUAUUCCAAAAUGUUCCCCAGCCCCAAAUCAAGAAUAUUUUCCAGUUCAAGAACGUUCUCCAGUUCGUUUGCCUUCUCCUUCCCAAAACCAAGAACCUUCUCCACUUCAAGAACGUUCUCCUGCUCAACCUCCCUCUCCUUCACAUCAUCAAGAACAUUCUCCAGAAGGAGACUCUUCUCCAGUUCUUACUCCUUCUCCCUCCCCAAAAACCAAAUGUUCUCCUACUCUAGAGCGUUCAUCUUCCUCAACAUUUGAAUAA